AAGGAAGAGGAAAGCAUCCAUGUCACCCAGCAAACAGCAGACAAUUGGAGCUGAGAUCCAGAACAAAAAUGUCCAUGGUCAGUAUCUGAGAUCUGAAAAUGAGAUGCUGAGGCGGCAGCUUGCUUGCAAGACGAAAGAGCUCGAGGCUGAAAUGAUUCGGAGACUCAAAGUAGAGUUGGAUUCGAAGAAGAAGGAGAACAAGUCCUUGAGAAAGGAGAAUGAAAAGUUGAGGGAUGAGAAUGAGUACUACAGGAAGACAGCAAAGCCACCAAGAAAUCGAAGGCUGUGCAGGUACUGUGGGGAAUAUGUAUUCCAUGACUACCGCAAUUGCCCCACGAGGCGUGCUUGCGCUUCAUCUGAAGAUGCGGAAGGAAACGAUUGUGACUUGCAAUUGCAGGCUCAUUGACCACACCAUACUGCAUCAAGAACUACGCAAUGUUAUGUUAGUACUUACUCAGAUUCAGAAUAGAAAUUUAGAUGGCAAGGCAAUGCCUUUUGUUAUCAGCUAUAGGAAACCAGAAGCUUCCCCUCUCAGGAAAUGCUUCUGCCUAAUGAGCAUUGAGCAAGACUCAAGAAGUCCCUGAUUAUACUAGUAGUAGAUCUGUUGGGUAAUACUGUAAUUUUUUUUUGAAAAGGGGUAAUACUGUAAUUUUUAUAUGUCGAUCAAGUGAUUGUCUGCAUCUUCAUGUGUUUGUUGGUUUGACUGA